UGUUAUGGAUAAUGUUGCAGAUACAAAUCCAUAAUUCAUUGACUGGCUCGCUUGGAAUUAUUUUCUCACCAUUGUGUUAGUGGUCUCAGUGUGUCAAUUCUGUGUCACUGUGGAUCUGGUAGCCUGCAUUAUUUUGAUGUACUGGAAAACGUGGUUCGUGCUGUAUUGUAAUUUCAUUGCUUAGAACGUUUUGAUAACAUUGAUGCAAGUUCACAGUUUGUGAAUAAAUGAGUGUGUAUAUGACUGAAUACUGCAGUUCAUACCAGUAGAAAUUCAUUCGUAUAUGCACAACUGAUACCAGAUUUAGUGGGAAAAUGUUUCCCUCAGGUCAACCCAAAUUUGGUGGAAUGCCAACAUUAACUGGAUAUACGGGUGCACCCCCAACAUCUGGAUGUUUAGGUCUACAAGCGGCUCUGCAGACAGGACUGCCAAUGGAUGAUGGCAAGCCUUGCUGGAAAAAGACUGGUGAAUCGCAUGAUGGUGAAGACUACAUUGGCUUUGCAACUUUACCCGAUCAAGUACAUCGAAAAGCUGUCAAGCGAGGAUUUGAUUUCACACUUAUGGUCGUUGGAGAAACUGGUUUGGGGAAAUCCACCCUAAUAAACAGUUUAUUUUUAAGCGACAUGUACCCACAGAGAGAAAUCCCAUCAGUGGAAGCGAGAAUAAUGGCAACAGUAGAGAUUGCAAAAAAGCAGCUAGAAAUUGAAGAGAAAGGUGUGAGGUUGAGACUAUCAAUAGUCGAUACUCCGGGUUUCAGUGAUGCUCUUAAUACAGAAAAUGACUGGAAAAAUAUAGUGGAAUACAUUGACAAGCAGUUUGAGCAGUAUCUCAAUGAUGAAAGUGGUCUCCACAGAAAAAACAUUAUUGAUCACCGGGUCCAUUGCUUAUUGUACUUCAUAUCUCCAUACGGGCAUGGAUUAAAGCCACUAGAUAUUGAUGUAAUGAAAAAGCUUCACAACAAAGUUAACAUCGUCCCAGUUCUAGCAAAGGCUGAUACACUGACAAAGGCUGAACUCAAAAAGAUGAAAGAAAAAAUAAUGCGGGAAAUAAGUGACAAUGAUAUUCACAUCUACCAGUUUCCUGAAUGUGACAGUGAUGAGGAUGAAGAGUUUAAGAAUCAGGAUUUACAACUGAAGGCCUGUUUACCAUUUGCUGUGGUUGGCUGUAAUUCUGUGGUGGAGGUAGGAGGGAAAAAGGUCCGUGGACGAACAUAUCCCUGGGGCAUUGUUGAAGUGGAUAACCCAAGUCACUGUGAUUUCAACAGACUGAGACAGAUGUUAAUCAGCACCCAUAUGCAAGAUCUCAAGGAUGUGACUGCUGAUAUUCUCUAUGAAAAUUACAGAGCUGAACAUAUGCAGAAACAACUUCAAAUUGGACAAAGAGAGAGGAACAAACUGAAGAGAGAUUCUAGUUCCAACUUUGAGGCUAUCUUGAACACAGAAAAACUUCUAAAAGACAAGGAUGAUGAGAUCCAAAGAAUGCAAGCAAUGUUGGAAAAGAUGCAGCAUGAAUUAGUGAGUGGCAAAGAGAAUGAAAGAAAAGUUCAGGCUAGAACUGAAGGCAGAGACACUGAGCUGUGCCCUGGAUUCGACAGUGUUGAAGUCUGAUGAUGAUAACCUGUUUAACAUUCACCCAGUUACCAGAAUGGUGCAGAUGUUCAGUUUGUGUUUUUAACUCCGGGCAGCAUUUCAUAUCACAGCUGCCUCUGCCAGUGCUUAAAAUUUUUAUUGUGGUGUAUAUAAAUCUUCAUAUUUGCACCACAUAAAUGUAUCUGUGCCACAAAGUUAAUUGGGAUUGGAAAGUUAAAUGGCACUGAUUUAUGUUAUCAGUUCUUUAAAAUUUUAUGUAAUUAAAUUACAAAAUUUCAUUGCAUAAACAAUUGAUAAUGGUUUCAAAAAUAUAUAUGUAUAGUAUAUAUAUCUAUAUUUGUGUUGGUAUUUUAAGUAGAGUGUUGGUUCAUUUAAAUCUCAUUUUAUUUUAUUCCUGGACAAAAAGGCAAAAACAAGAAAAUAUAUUUUGAUAAAUGCAACAAAACAGGGCAUUUUAUUGCAUACCAAAAUUUAAACAAGUUUGGGCUCACUUGUAGUGAGUUUCAACAGCUGCCAUAAUAUAACAGAUAAGUCUUUGUCACCAGUUUCAAUUUACAUCUGAAAAGGACAAAAGUAGUCAAGAAUGAUGCAUCACAAGGAAAAAACAAAGAUGAUGUAUCCUAAAUGUUUAAAUAUUAAAACAAAAUACUUUUGAGAUGGGAAUUUAGACCAAGGCAACACAUUCCUGUUUUCAGCAGUAUUUAGUAUUUUAUUUCAAAAAGAUACGAGACUUUGCAAAAGUUGACUUUCUACAUAGCAGUAGUAAUGGAUUAGUUUGAGGUAACAGUGGACCAGUGUUUACUCAUUUUGUAAUAUGAACAAUAUGACAUUUUAUUAUAUAUACUGUGUAAAAAAAAUGCUAACAUUUUAAUCAUGAUGGAGGUAAAAAAAAGUAAUAAAAAUGGCUUUUAAAAGAUGUGGAUUUUUUCACAAGUAAAAUAAAGAAAUUACUUUCUCCUGGUAAAAACAUCACAUAAUGAUUAAUAAGUAUUUGUAUUUAAAGAUAUGAACAUUAAUCCAGACUGGCAGUUUGGGUUGGGGUUUUUUUUUUGGGGGGGGGGGGGGGGUAAGGGUUCCCUCAGUCAUUAAUUACUUUUUGUGGGACCAUUUUUGUACAUAAUUUUUUGUAUUCAUGAAAUGACUCGAGUUCAUUGUUUCACCUCUUUUAAGACAAUGUUAGAAUUUCAUCAUCAACAACGAAGAUAUUAUAUUUAACAGUUGUCAUGCAGUGACAUUAGUGUUGUGGUUUUCCUUAGUAAAUGUUGUAUUAGUUUCUUUUGUUACAGUGUAAUCCAUUUCACUAAGAACAAAUACCUAUAAAGUAUGAGUUCCCAAUGUACCUCUUCUCUUUUCUUCUUUAUAAAUACAGUGUCUACUUUAAUAUAUAGGGAACUUGUUAAUUACUGAGACGGGGGGGGGGGGGGAAGCCGGGGUUCAGAAGUUGACUUGAUGCCAAGACUUUGACUGUCAUUUAAUUAAAAAAAAUUGAUAUUUUGGUUCCAAAACAUAAAAAGUUGGCUAUGUUAAAAUAGGUUUAAAACAUAGCAAAUUCCAUUGCCAUUUGUGAACAUCUGUGGGUCAUAUGAGUUGAUAGUUUUAUCCUUACACUUUAAUUUUUCCAUACAUGUGAUGAUGAAAGUCUGUUUGUAAAUUUUUAAUAGCAAAAACCCCCACAGACUACAAAGGUUACUAUAACAAACCCAAUCCAUCCAUUCAAUUUCAAUGCUUUAAUUUCAUUCAGAGGUAAAUUCAGUAUGAAUGUCAUCUUUUCCUUGAAAAUAAAUAUAAUUGAAAGAUAAUAAUUAUGCAGGUAUGAAUCAAAGUGUGUCUAUAUAUACUCGCACCCCCAAAAGCUAAAGUUGACAAAAAGUCCGUGUUUAAUGGAUGAAUAUCAUAAAUGUAUUUUUGUUUUGAUUGUGGGAAAUGUAAUAUCUUGGUUGAAUAAAUUUUUCUGUAGAAGAUUGCCAUAUAUAGUACACUUUGGAAUACUAUGUGUCAUUUUUUAGUUACUAAAAACACCCUGCAUCCGUCCCUGGUUAUAUGGUAAUCCUCAGUCAAACCCACUCCAAUAACAUCUCAAAUAACUGGGACAAGCUUUUAGUCCUAUACAAAACCAAGCAUUUAAUCAAAUGGUUUUUGAAAGCUAUGUUUUCAUUUAAAAUAGUUCUUGCAUGAUGUUGUGUUGAUUAUAUUGACUUAAAAUCGUUCACGUUACGUUGGCAGUGUGCUACAUCAUUAAAUUUUGUUUUAGUUAUGCCAUAUUGGUGCUUUGUAAAUUUGAUAUUUUUUUUACAGAUAUUGUCUUUUCCUUUUUACAUAUUUGUGAACAUAAAAUAAAAAGCAGAAUUGAG